AUGCAGCAAAAUCAACCGCCAGGUUCCGCCACCUCGGGACAGACAGUUGAGCCCCUUAAUGUCGAGGCGACGCCUCCAAAUGUAGAGCCAAAUUACCCAACGGGCACCCAAUUCUGGUUCACCGUAAUCGCACUGUGUGUAAUCCUCAUCCUCGGAGGCCUGGACGCCAACAUUGUCGCAACAGCUGUCCCGAGUAUCACUAACCACUUCCACACUCUCGCCGACGUCGGCUGGUACUCAUCCGCCUUCCGACUCUGCACCUGUGCGUUCCAAUUUGGGUUCGCCAAGCUGUAUACACUCUUCUCCAUCAAAAUUGUCUUUCUCACCAGCAAUGUUAUAUUCCUUGUCGGUUCCAUACUCUGUGCCACAGCGGCGUCGUCGACGAUGUUUAUUAUAGGCAGAGCUGUGACGGGUCUGGGCUUCGCGGGUGAGCUGGCUGGCUGCUUUGCCGUCCUCGCGCACAUUCUUCCGCUCAACCGACGGCCAAUAUUUGCGGGAUUGAUGGCGUGUGUAGAAUCACUUGCCAUCAUUGCGGCGCCUAUAAUUGGUGGCGCAUUGACUCAAUCUCUAGGGUGGAGAUGGUGUUUCUGGAUCAACCUUCCUAUUGGCACGGUAUCCUUAGCGACCAUGUUCUUCCUCUUCGCAGAUCCACGAACUCGCCAAGAGGACGACCUCACACUGACGCAGAAGAUCAGAGACCUUGACCUCGUUAGCAACUGCUUGUUCAUUCCCGCCCUAACAGCGCUAUUUCUCGCGUUAUCUUGGGCGGGAAUAAAGUAUCCCUGGACCGAUGGGAAGGUGAUUGGACUAUUCGUCGCAUUUGCUGUACUCCUCGCUCUCUUCCUGAUCCAUCAAUACCGACGCGGAGACUCAGCCGCGCUCCCCUUCCGCAUAAUCAAAAGCCGAAGCGUCAUCGCAGGAUUUAUCUUCACAACGUGCACUAAUUCUAUGACAAAUGUAUUGGAGUGGUACUUACCGACGUACUAUCAAGUCGUUCGAUCCCAGACCCCAAGCGAGAGCGGCUAUCUAAUGAUUCCGAUCCUGGUCGGAAUGAUGCUCGGGCUCUUGUUGCAGGGCAUCGGUACUACAACCUUCGGCUACUAUGCGCCCUUUAUGAUCGUUGGCUCCGUGUGCAUGCCAAUUGCCGCCGGCUUGAUGACCACAUACAAUCCCCACACGUCCCUUGCCCAGAUCAUCCUUUAUUCGGGGUUGGCUGGUUUCAGUGGGGGGAUCGGCUUCCAAGGCCCCCAGGCAGCCAUCCAGACAACGUUAAGUGCCGCCGAUGUCAAUCUUGGGAUCGGAGUCAUCUUGUUCGGGCAGAGCAUGGGUCCGGCCGUGUUCAUCGCUAUUGCACAGGUUAUAUUUACCAAUCAGUUAUCGUCCAGGUUAAAAGAUAUUGUACCAGGGUUGACACCUGCCUAUAUUGCAGAGCGCGGACUUGGCGAUCUGAAGAGCGUGGUUCCUCUGCAGCGGUGGGAUGAGGUUCUGCGUGGCAUCGAUCGCAGCUUGACUCGUACUUGGUACCUUUCGGUCGCGCUGAGCUGUAUGACCAUUGUGGGGAGUCUUUUGAUCGAAUGGCGCUCCGUGAAGCAGAAGCAGUCCUGAAUUUGUUACUUGGUAGUGUUUACAUAUCAACCGGUAUGUGUGGCUAGCCUUGUCGAAUCCACAAGCAGUGCACAAGUGCAUGGAAGCGAAAGGCAUAUCAU